CUUGACGUUAACGAAACGAAGAAAAAACCCCCACAGCUUGUCGCGUUACCGAUAAACCGCAAAAAAAUGACCUCUGUCCCGACGUUCCGACCGUUACAAAGCGCUGACACUGGAGACUCCUUCCAUACACGUUACAUAAACGUCUCCUCACUUCAAGAACAGUUCACCGUAUUCUCGUUUUUUAAUCCGUUUAUCUCCAACGUCCGGCGUACGAGUCCGCGUGAGCGAGCUGUUGCUAUAGAAACGGUAACGUAUUAGAACGAGAGCGCUAAUAUAAACCUGCGCUACUCUCCGAGCUGCUGUUAGAGAGAAUGAAUCGACAACCUUCUGACCAAUCGCCACCCAGAACUCAACAGCUGCUUUGGUUCGAACAUGUCAUCGUUUCUAUAGAAACAAAAACGAACACCGGGACGUGUACGGUACACCGGGACUCGCGCGAGACUGGAACUAACUUCUUUUCAGGGAUGUUCCACAACGUUUCUACCCGGUCGUUUCUUGCGUCUUGGAUAUCCGGGUUCUCUCAAGCCUUCAAGCUGAUUAAAAACGCUACACCUACAGGAAAUUGUAACAACAACAGUCGCUCUGAAAUCGCUCUGCACGUCUCACCUCGAACCGUCCACCGGCGUUUGCUUUCGCACAUCAGACCUGACGUUGAUUGGACAGCCUGGCUGGGCUGAUGGUGCAAUUUCAGCAAAUCCAUGCGCGUAAUAGACGGCGAUUACCGGAGCGUCUCGGAGCUGAGGGGAUUAUAGAUGGCUAACGCGAACACAGUGACACACUGACAGACCUGUUCACGUGGUCUUGCAUCAACUGAAAGAAUGGUAAGUGAGAAAUAAACCGAACAAAGUGGGAACGGAAUUCGGAGAAGCCUGGCCAAAAUAGAGAAACGGAAGACGUAAAGAUUCAACAGCGGUCCGUAAACGUUCCUUUACGUCUGAAAGGCAAUCUGAAAUCCAGACAGAGUCUCAGCGUCGGAUUUAAACUUCCGGAAGCAGAAGUCUUCAAGUCUGAAGAAGCACAAGGCUUAUAACUAAUGGGUUUGUAGUGCAUGUAGAAGUAAUUUCCUACAAAACAGAGAAGACUGUAAUACAGUAAUGGAGUACUGUCAUUCAUGUAAUACAGUAAAGCCCAAUAGAGCUCUUAUAGAAGGCUUAUGGAAAUCUUAUGGCGGUCUUAUGGAAGACUUAUGGAGGUCUUAUGGAAGGCUUAUGGAGGUCUCAUGGAAGUCUUAUGGAGGUCUUAUGGAGGUCUUAUGGAAGUCUUAUGGAGGUCUUAUGGAGGUCUUAUGGAAGUCUUAUGGAAGGCUUAUGGAGGUCUUAUGGAAGACUUAUGGAGGUCUCAUGGAAGUCUUAUGGAGGUCUUAUGGAGGUCUUAUGGAAGUCUUAUGGAAGGCUUAUGGAGGUCUUAUGGAAGGCUUAUGGAAGGCAUAUGGAGGUCUUAUGGCAGUCUUAUGGCAGUCUUAUCGAAGGCAUAUGGAGGUCUUAUGGAAGUCUUAUGGCAGUCUUAUGGAAGGCAUAUGGAGGUCUUAUGGAAGGCUUAUGGAAGGCAUAUGGAGGUCUUAUGGCAGUCUUAUCGAAGGCAUAUGGAGGUCUUAUGGAAGUCUUAUGGCAGUCUUAUGGAAGGCAUAUGGAGGUCUUAUGGAAGGCUUAUGGAAGGCAUAUGGAGGUCUUAUGGCAGUCUUAUGGCAGUCUUAUGGAAGGCUUAUGGAGGGCUUAUGGCAGUCUUAUGGAAGGCUUAUGGAGGGCUUAUGGAGGGCUUAUGGAGGUCUUAUGGCAGUCUUAUGGAAGGCAUAUGGAGGUCUUAUGGCAGUCUUAUGGCAGUCUUAUGGAGGUCUUAUGGAGGUCUUAUGGAGGUCUUAUGGCAGUCUUAUGGAAGGCUUAUGGAGGGCUUAUGGAGGUCUUAUGGAGGUCUUAUGGCAGUCUUAUGGAAGGCAUAUGGAGGUCUUAUGGCAGUCUUAUGGCAGUCUUAUGGAGGUCUUAUGGAGGUCUUAUGGAGGUCUUAUGGCAGUCUUAUGGAAGGCUUAUGGAAGGCAUAUGGAAGGCUUAUGGAGGGCUUAUGGAGGUCUUAUGGCAGUCUUAUGGAAGGCAUAUGGAGGUCUUAUGGCAGUCUUAUGGAGGUCUUAUGGAGGUCUUAUGGCAGUCUUAUUUAGUAAUGAGUCUGAAUUUAAGAUAUUUCAUUCACAAAUAUCUUGCAGAAUUUUGUGGACAUUUCCCAACAUUAAAUGGACCUAUAAAUGUAUGAAACCCGUCGCUGAUUAUUUUCCUGCUAUAUCAGCACGACACUGUCGUGUUUCAUUCCUUACUUGGAAUAACAAUGUCUUCCUGCCUAUUCAUAAACCUGAAGCACGUGGUGCUAUUUAUGAACUAAAAUAACUAUUUAAAGAUUUCUAUUUCAUUGGACAAAUGAAAUGUUUACGCAGUCAGUUUUCUCGAGUCUGGGUUCGGUUCCUGUCAGAACACUCCCAAAAAUUCCGACUUGGGAUUCACUGCCUGAGGUCGAAACGUGAAGGUUUUUUUUCCCCCUCAAUCAGAAGGUGGGAAUUGCGAUUAUUCCCGUAUGACGUGAACGCAGCAUUAGCAUAACUGAAAGCUGUGUGGUCCCGUGAGAACGCGGUGUCGCUUGGGAUGAGACACGGUUGAAAGGGGCCCUGCUUUUUUUGGUCCGGGGUCAUUAAGGGACUCUGGGAUAGUCGCUUCAAUGAUUCCCCCUGCAGGGAGACUGAAAAGAAUUGAACCAAACCGUUCGAUCGUAGACCAAAUCAAGAAUCUUCCAAAUAAACACACAUUCUUUUCAUCUGAAUUUCCUAUUCAUUCUCGACAAGGUACGACUCUUACAACCCGGUUUACUCAAGGGCUUUACAACCAGCGCGUGAUUGUGUACGGAUUCGUACAGCGGAUUUUGGGUUCUUCCGUUGGGUACCGUUCUUUAGAAACACACCCGAGCCCUGAAAGAGUUUGAUCUAAUGCGAAGAAAAGCUAAACGUCAUGAUUUUUGUCCUUUCUUUUCUUCUUCUCUUUUGUAGAGAACCUUACGUAUGUAAAGUUUUUUUUUUUUUUUCGCGUGCGGUUUCGUUUUCUUGGAUUCGUCGAAGCCGAGCUAGCGGUGCGGUGGAAUGUAGACAAGUUCGGAGACAAAUCCACUAUUAAUGCACAUUCAGAAAGCGCCUUCUCGCUCUUAAAGCACGUCUGACUUCAAUGCCGUCUCCCUGACAACCAUAUCCCUCCUUCGACCCCUGACCUUUGACCCUUCACGGUGCAUAAUCGAACGAAGAAGCUGCGAAUGAGUCCGGUGGGGGGGCAGACGAGGUCAUGUCACGGCACACACAAAUGAAGACCAUUGUGAUGGCGAUAAUGAUCAUUGAGCUGAGCAGGAAACGGCGCACACACACACACACACACACACACACACACACACACACUGAAAAUGUCUUCAUGAUAAAUGAGUUUCUGUGCAGCACAAUGGAAGAGGAGAACGGCAGGUAGGAACACGCAAACAGAGUGAGAGUGACGGAUGGAUUGAAACGGAAUUAAAAGACGGUUAGAAUAUGGUGUGAACAAACGAAUCGCCUCCCGUGAGUCGACUCAUCGAAUCUUAAGCAGGCUCUUAACAGUUCCGUAACACGGAGAUGUUUAAAGUAGCUCUGAACUUAAGGACGUGAUGUUUGACCUGUAAGUGCUUGGGCACAGAGUUCACACACUGGUCAUUUAAUAAUGUCUUAGUCGCACAGCUAAACACUUCACACACACACACACACACACCAGGAAAUCCCUGCGCUUACCCAUAAACUCCUACAUAGUAUCUGUAGUAUCGAUAUUUGAAUAGAUUCUGUACUGUAAGAAAGGAAUAAAACACUGUGUUGUGCUGCUUUAGGAAAAUAAUCAACAAAGGAGUGGUGUGAUGAAGCAGAGUCACUGUCACCACCCUUAAGGAUUCAUUAUUUUCCCAUGACAGCACGUCCUGCCGUGUUUUAUUCCCCUUAUAUCACAGCGAUUUCCCCACGGUUGCAACGUUUUACUAAAAAGCGACUUUUUAUCCGUUUAUAGUUACAUUUACUGUUGGGGAACGUCUACAAAACACGUUCGUUCCUCUUCUUACUUACGUCGUAGCAGCUAUAAAUGUACUGUCGCUCCCUCCCCGGCUUCUCUUUAUUCUUUUUCUUGAAGUUAUUCUUGAAGCACUGACACUGGAGACUCCUUCCUUCCAUGAUAAAUAAACAAACGGCGAUUAGAAAACGUCACCGCGUCGACGGUCACGCCGGUUUGUUACGCGCGUCCGACGCACGACCGGCGGCGAUGUGUUAGCAUGAGUGCAUUAAUAACGUUAAAAACGUUUACCGAUCUGCGGUUGAAUCGAAUUACAGCCGACAUUUUGGAAUGUUUCGGAGACUUGGAGCGCCUCAUCCUUCAACGUCCUCGUGCUAUUCCCGAGCUGUUAAACCUCACAAUGAGGUCGUUGUCUCAUACAGGAAGCCGGUCUUUCGCUGACUCACCUCUUUGCCAAACAGGACCACAGAUCAGCAGUGUUAGGAAUGAGUGCUGUGAGUGAGUCAGGAGCAGAGUCGCUUGGCCUUCAGUGUGUAAUCACCUGAUCAAUGCCCUGUUUAUUACGGACACAGUGGGGCAACAGAGAGACUUCUGUGUCCGGACGCGCUGCGGUGCGGUGUACGGACACAUAGAGCAGGUUUCUGACGCGUGCGCUUUGUUUGAGUACUAACAAGAAAACACACCAAUACUCCAUUAAGUGCUGGCAUGCGUCUGUGCAGCAGCGUUAAAGGAAUACUCCAGCGUGUGUGUGUGUGUGUGUGUGUGUGUGUGUGUGUGUGUGUGUUUCCUUGAACUGAGGGGAAAAACCCCCGUUUACUUCAAGCUCACGCGUAAUGGAAGUCUAAGUUCAGUUGUUAAAUGGUUUGUUUUUUUGCAAAACAUUUUUGUCCACUGUCAUGAGUUCCUUAGCACUUUUUUUUUUUGUGGUAAAUUUAGGACUGGUAUCCCUAAUUUAGGACUGGUAUCCCUAAUAACGAUGAUAAUUAUAAUUAUGAGAUAGCGGGUCAUAAUUCCGAGAUGCUGUCCUCAUAAUUUUCGAGAUACUAAGCCGUGAUUUUUAGAUAACAGGUCAACAUUUUCAGUUAACAGAAUAGACUUCGUAACUCGAAAUGAACACUCAGUAUCUCAGAAUGAUGACUUUAAUUAUCUCAUAAUUAUGACUUCGUAUCUCAAAAUGAUUACUGAUGAUCUCAAUGAUGAUAGUAUCUUGAAAGGAUGAAUUGUCUCGUAAUUAUGACUUAGUAUCUCAAAAUGUUGAAUUAUCUCAACUUUGUGACUUAUAGUAUCACGAAAUUAUGGCUUGUUUUAAUUAUGAUUUAGUAUCUCGUAACGAUGAAUUAUCUCAUAAUCAUGACUUAAUAUCUCGUAUUGAUUAACUAUCUCAAUUAUUAAAAUAUCUCAUAAUGAUGAAUUAUCUCAUAAUUAUGACUUGUUUUAAUUAUGAUUUAGUAUCUCGUAAUGAUGAAUUAUCUCAAUUAAUUCAAUAUCUCAUAAUGAUGAAUUAUCUCAUAAUUAUGACUUGUUUUAAUUAUGAUUUAGUAUCUCGUAAUGAUGAAUUAUCUCAAUUAAUUCAAUAUCUCAUAAUGAUGAAUUAUCUCAUAAUUAUGACUUGUUUUAAUGAUGACGAUAUCUUGUAAUGAUGAAUUCUCAUAAUCAUGACUUACAGUAUCAUGAAAUUGACUUGUUUUAAUUAUGAUUUAGUAUCUCGUAAUGAUGAAUUAUCUCAGUUAUUACAAUAUCUCGUAAUGAUGACUUCUCUCAUAAUCAUGACUUAAUAUCUCAUUGAUUAACUAUCUCAAUUAUUAAAAUAUCUCAUAAUGGUGAAUUAUCUCAUAAUUAUGACUUGUUUUAAUUAUGAUUUAGUAUCUCGUAAUGAUGAAUUCUCAAUUAUUACAAUAUCUCGUAACGAUGACUUAUCUCAUAAUUAUGACUUGUUUUAAUGAUGACAAUAUCUUGUAAUGAUGAAUUCUCAUAAUCAUGACUUAUAGUAUCAUGAAAUUAUGACUUGUUUUAAUUAUGAUUUAGUAUCUCGUAAUGAUGAAUUAUCUCACUUAUUACAAUAUCUCAUAACGAUGACUUAUCUCAUAAUCAUGACUUAAUAUCUCGUAUUGAUGAUCUCAAUUACUAUAAUAUCUCGUAAUGAUGA